GGUUUACGCUUGAGUGACAGCAGGAGGCGGCGCGCGGGCCCCGAGACGGUUGACGGUUUGCUGGCGGAGUGGGCUCCCUCCGUUUCCGGUCGGUGGCCCAGAGCGGCGAAGACCCGGUGCGGGGGUGAUCGCAGGGCGGGGCUUGUGCGCUGGACGCGAGGAGCGGCCGGUUGUCGAAAGUCGGCGCUGGACACCGGCGGACAAAGAAAGUACUGAGGCAGAGUUUCAGCCUGUGAACUCCAAGGGAGGCAGAACAAGACAAUGGAUCCUGAAAGGCCACCAGAACCUGUUAGUGUGAACACUGGAGAGAGCGAAGAGGAUCCAAAGAAGGCUGUGGGUUCCGAAGAGUCAGCGCCAGCAGAGCCCGAGUCAGAGCCUGCGGACAUCAAAGAAGAUAAGGAGAGGCAGAAUAGGACAAAGGAAGAUGAAAGACAACCAUCACAGCCACAGAUCAGGGCAUUAGAAGAAGAGGAUUUCCAGACAGGAGACUCCAAUGAAUCAUCACAUCAAGAUCCAUCAGAGUCGCUUGAUUCUUCAGGACCAGAAUAUCAUCGUCCAUUGAACAUGGAAGGAGAAAUGUUUGUCUGCUCUGUAUGUGGGAAACGAUUUAAAACAUUAGUAUGGAUGGAAAAGCACCGAGACACACACACAAGAGGAAGAGUGUUCCAGUGUUCUGACUGUGGAAAGAGUUUUAACCAGUUGCAUAGCCUGAGAAAUCACUGCAACAUUCACAGCCAUGAAAAACCAUACACCUGCUCUAUAUGUGACCGGACCUUCAGUGGGUCAGACAGCUUGAUGAUGCACAAGUGCAAUGAUACAGGAGAGCAACCCUAUAAAUGUGGUGUCUGUGGGAAGGGGUUCAGUUAUCCAUCAAAGCUGGAGACUCACUGGCGCAGUCACACAGGCGAAAGGCCCUUCAGUUGCUCAGUGUGUGGAAAGAGGUUCACUCAGACAUCCAACCUUCUGACGCACCAGCGCAUUCACUCUGGGGAGAGACCUUUCACCUGCUCGGUAUGUGGAAAAGGAUUCACUGGUUCAUCCAACCUGCAGAUACACCAGCGCACUCACACCGGGGAGAGACCAUUCAAUUGCUCCCUGUGUGGAAAGGAAUUUACUCAAGCAUCCAGUUUACUUACCCACCAGCGCAUUCACACUGGGGAGAGGCCAUUCACCUGCUCCAUGUGUGGGAAGGGAUUCACUCGGUCCUCGCACCUUCUGACCCACCAGCGCAUUCACACUGGGGAGAGGCCUUUCACCUGCUCUGUGUGUGGGAAAGGAUUCACUCGGUCCUCGCACCUGGUGACGCACAGACGAGUUCACACUGAUGACCGGCCCUUUAAAUGCUCUGAGUGUGGAAAGACUUUUAAGGGCUCUGAAGAACUUAUGAAACAUCAACGUAUUCAUACUGAUGAAAGGCCAUGUGGUUGCACCCUCUGUGGGAAGAGGUUCAGGCAGUUGUCCCACUUGCUUACUCACCAGCGAGUUCACACUGGGGAGAGACCAUUCAGCUGUUCCAUAUGUGGGAAAGAAUUUACUCAGUCCUCCCAUCUUCUAAGGCAUCAGCGACUUCACAGUGGGGAGAGGCCUUUUAUCUGCUCCACAUGUGGGAAGGACUUCACUCAGUGGGCUGAUUUACUGACACACCAGUGUACAGCGACCAAUCAGGCACAGCCAAACACAGAACCAUUGGUCUUCCUUCAGUUCCAGGUAUAAAUUCGUUAAUGAUCAGCAUGAAGUCAAGAUUGUCUAAGAACCCAGAGGUGCUGAGAGUCGCCAUAUGAAUGCAACUCUUUUGUUCAGAUCCAACAAGUUGUAUUUCUGCAGUGCCUCUGAUGUUUAAUCAAAGAUCCCAAGGUCCUUAUAGUUAACAAGUACUGAAUAAUUAGGAGAGACAGAUUAGAAGGCCUGAAUAGAGACGUGUGUUUUGAGGAGGGUUUUGUCUGGGAGAGAAUUCCCAAACAUAGGACCCAUAUGCCUAAAGAGCAGGCCCCCAGUCAUGGAGCAAAGGAAGGUGGGAACCACAAGAGGGCAGAGUCGGGAAUGGCGCAUCUGUAGGAAAGUGGAACCAGAAGUGUAGCGUCGGGUGGAGUGUUAGCACUGAGGACUUGAAAUGUUUUGGUUUGGGAAGCCAAUGGAAGUUCAUAAUAGAUCGGAGGAAUAUUUAGGAGGAUAGCUUUUCACUCAGCACAAUGAGAAUAUGUUACAUUUGAGACUGAAUCCACACAAGGAAAUGGGAAUAGAAGGAAAAAUGGAAAAAAUGGGCAAAUGUUAUUAAAUGGUGAGGAAUCUCAUCAGCUUAGACUAGUUCAGCCUACUUUGUGCAUAAAAAUGAAAAUACCCAGUGAACAGCAGUUAACGUGAGAUCAGAAGAAGUUGAUCCCAUUUUUGUUCUUGCAUGUACCUCUGUGAGGCACUGUGGGAUGAUUUUUCUCCAUUGCUGGCACAAUAGAAAUACAAAUUGCUGGAAGUUCCUGAUGCUAAUUUCUUCAAGGAAGUGAUUCUGAUAACUGUAAAAUGCAGUGUACCUCGACUUUCAGGUUUUUGACAAAGUAACACAUGAAAGGCAUCAUGUAAAGAACAAAACUGUGGGAAUUCCAAGGGUGGAUAAGAACCUGACUGACAUUGGUAUUCAUUGGAGGAGUUGUCACACUGUGAGAAGUUCUGAAUGGAUUCUUCAGGGGCUUCAAAUUGGGGCCAUUGCUGUUGCUAAUUUCCAUCAAUGACUUGGAUUCAAAAUGUCAGUGCAACAUGUUGGAAUUGCAGAUGAUGAUGACCUGCACGGUUCAGUGAAAUCCAAGAUGCCAGCUGAGAAGUGGCUGUAGGUGUAGGUGAUGGAACAUGGAUGAACGUGUAGGUAGAUAGAGUAUGGAAUUUGAUGAAGACAAGUAACCCAGGAAUGUACAUAGUCUGGAGGAAUGCAGAAAAUGGUGCUAAAGAUGAAAGGCCAAAAAUUAAACUCAAUGUGUCCAACAAAUGUAGAACAGAUGCCUGUAAGAUGUUGAUCUCCAGAGCUCAAACAAGACAAGUGAGUGCUCUGGUCAUACCACACAUUAAGUGCUGUGACCAGUUGAAACUUGGGCAAGGGUUCAGUGCUGCCAUAGUGUCAGAUGGCUGAGCUAUGAGGAAAUAAGGAAGCCAGCUUGAGAGUAUGGUGUUUCCAAUGUGACUUUAUUGCUCUUUACCAGUUAGGAAGGAAUAGAGGAUCUAAAUUGACUGCUACUUUCAAUGGCAACUAGGACAUGGAUUUGCAGGAUUAAAAAUGUUUCAGUAGGGGGGUGGGAUUAUUUCACAUGGAGUAACUGACAUACUGAACAAACCACCUAAAUGAAAGAGGAGGUGAAAACAUACGAUGGCUUGAGGCAAUGGUUGCUGUGGUGUGGGUCUGCACCACCUGAAACUCAACUCCAGGAGCUGGAUUUUACUGUUGGACUAAUCUGUCUUCAUUCUGGCAUUUGGGGAUAGUUUUGGCUGAUAGCACAAAUCACUAAAUGGGCUGGACAUUCAUGUACUGGGAAAAGAGCAAAUCUACCAGUUUUCUUUUGAGAACUUGUCUGGUCCUUGAUCUCUCUGAAGUAAAAUGGAGGUAACAGCAACAGACAAAGGGAGGGACAGAGGCUGCAGUGCAGUGCAUAAUACACGCAGCUUGUCAGGGGUAAGGGGUGUUGUGGGAUAGUUACUACUGUAAAGGAGGCAGUGCAGAAACUAACAUGGGCCAUUACUUGGCAGAAGGCUUUGAACAUCUCAUGUGAAAGCUGGCCAGUACAGAUAUAAGUACUAACAUCCAUGUUAUGAAUGUAUUUAUGGCGCAGGAUAACACAACGUAGAUUAGGUGAAAGCUCGAGCAGGAGCUAUCAGUUUAAUGCCGUUAAAGGGGGAUCUACGUUAACAAUAACAGCCUAGUAUGGAAGCAGUAUGUCUGGUUUGUGUUACUAAUAUCCUGGAAAAAGUGUGAAUGUUUAUUAUUGUGCAAGUUUCUUAUUGUCUACUGGUAAGACAUGAAAUCUAUUACUUUCUAGUGAUGAUGUAGUAUAUGCUGUACCUCAUUGCCAGCUGGUGCAGUAGCAUAUGAAAGCAUCACAUGAGAAUAAUCUUGGGAUUGACAUGUUCAGACCAUGCCACCUGAUAUUGCAUAGAAACUAUUUGUAAAUAUGAACUGUUUUCAGUAGUUUUGUAUUCAGUGCUGACAGCUCGCUUGAGAUGGAAGUUCACAUGCUCCAAUGGAUAUCCUGUUUGUAAGCAUAUAGGCAUAUAGAAUGCUUGUACUUUGUCUAUUCAAUAAACCAAGUUGAUUU